AUGGUCCUCGAAGGUGCCCCGCCUGAGGCAUCGUUACCCCCGAACAACAAUGCCGUUACCAGCUCACCCGGCGGAUAUCUCACCCCAAACCCGGCCUUCGCUCAAUCCUUCCCAUUGCAAAUCAAGCCAGAGCUGGUGGUAAAGCCGGACUUGUUCACUCUAUAUUUUGGAUUCUUUGGCGUAAAGAACUGGAGACGCAAUGUCGCAAGAUCACUCACCGACCGCAUAGAGAGCCAAUGGAUUGUGACGAAUCGCUACCCUACACAAACCGAAAUGGACGUUUACACCACAGCCACCUCGCGCGGCCUGUAUUAUAAGACCAUCGGGCUGCCGGCCUCUGCAUUCCUCUCGGCUGGGUGGGAAUAUCGCAAAAUGACAAAGUCAGGUGCAUGGCCGGGAUUCGCGCCAACGCCUUCUGAAUUUUGGAGACUUCUCAAGGUAACCACUCAAGUCAAUAGAGAAGCCCUGAUCCAACAUGCGGGAAAAGCCGCUUUCAGAAUACUGUUCUUCACCAGUACUGGCUGGCUGCUCACAACCUUCAUGGGGGCAUAUUCUGAUGCUCAGACUAUACUCAUGGACCCAAGCAUGGAUAAGUUUAAGCAGGAUAUGAGAGACAUCUCCCAAGAGGAAGUUAGAAAGCGCAGAAUGUAUUCGGCUGUUGAUGGGGCCCGCAGACGCAGAGCAGGCGAGGUGGAUAUCACUGGACAGAUUUUCGAGCGCUUAAGCGGUCGUGGUGGUUAUGACCAGGGUCAGAGCAACUACGAUGACUCUGCUUCUCCCACCGCAUCGUAUGAGAGUGACACGUCCUACAACAUGCCUCAGUAUAACCAGGAAAAUAUCUCGACUGGUCAAUCGCAGCCGCAGGUGUACGGCACACCCCGAGGAAUUACCAACGAGCCCGCUUCCCAAUCGGACUCAGGCACUGACUUUUUCCUUGGUGGCCGUGGUGACGAUGCUAGUCCCACUGCCCCAGAGUACCGCAACACCAACCCCGACGGCUCUUCUGCCGGCAGUGCAUGGGACCGUAUCAGACGUCAGAACCUCGGACCCGCGCAGCAGCCUGCUGCCCGCCCAGGAUAUGCUCCUGUCAACGAUCAAGAUCGCUACAACAUGGGGAAGAGCCGUGACAAGGAGCAAGCACACGCUGAAUUCAAUCAGAUCGUGGAGAACGAGAAGAAAGCGUACAGUGACACAUCUGCUCAGAACCGGGGAUGGGGCUCAUAA